CUUCUCUCUUUUUUUUUUUUAGUUGUUAACCAGUAACCUUGGGGUGUACAAAGAUUUUGCACUCAUAAAAACAGUACAAGGGUCAUGUUGGGGGGGUAAAACAAGAGACUACUUAAAUAUACAAAUGUACACGACAUAUUUACAGCUUACUCAAUAGCACCUAAUAGUGCAGGUCUCAGGCUGCCAGCAAUGACGUAAUGGGGAGUUUAAAUUUAAACUCUUUUCACUAAGGGCACUAAGUCCAGCUCCGGCCAUGCGGUCGAGCUGAAUGAGACGAGACCCUGCUCUGAACAGUGAGCUCUGCUGUGUAACACCGGCUCUGUGCAUGCAUAGUGCAUGCAACCAGGUAUUACAGCAGUCCGCUUUAACACUUCCUGAAUCACGAGUUCCCCCCAAACCGCAGACUGGACAUGACUUCGAAAAGGAGUUUCGCGCGCGAGGCGUCUCAUCAGAUCAUUGCAGGAGGAUCUGCGGGUCUGGUGGAGAUAUGUCUGAUGCACCCGCUGGAUGUCGUGAAAACCAGGUUCCAAAUUCAGCGAGGAGUGAGUGAUCCGAACAGCUAUAAAGGUUUGGGGGACUCUUUCAGAACCAUAUUUUACAAAGAGGGAGUGUAUGGUUUUUACAAGGGAAUCCUGCCUCCAAUUCUAGCCGAGACACCAAAGCGGGCAGUUAAGUUUUUCACCUUUGAGCAAUACAAGAACCUGCUAAGUUACACUACCUUAUCUCAGGGCCUGGCUCUCUCCGUAGCCGGUCUUGGCUCAGGUUUAACGGAAGCUCUGGUGGUUAAUCCAUUUGAAGUAGUGAAAGUAAACCUUCAGGCCAACAGAGAUUCCUUCAAAGUGCCAUCCACAUUCACCCAGGCUCGAAUGAUUAUUAAUUCGGAUGGCUUUGGUCUGCGUGGGCUAAACAAGGGCCUGACCUCCACACUGGGGCGCCAUGGUGUUUUCAACAUGAUCUAUUUUGGCUUCUACUUCAAUGUUAAAAAUGCCCUUCCUGCCAGCCAGGAUCCUCAUCUGGAGUUUAUGAGAAAGUUUGCUAUAGGACUGCUGUCAGGAACCAUCUCAUCCUGCGUGAACAUCCCCUUUGACGUGGCUAAAAGCCGUAUCCAGGGUCCCCAGCCAGUCCCAGGGGAGAUCAAGUACAGGAGCUGUUUCCAGACCAUGGCUUUGGUGUACCGUGAAGAAGGAUACCUUGCAUUAUACAAAGGACUAAUUCCCAAGAUCAUGAGACUUGGACCAGGAGGGGCUGUCAUGCUGCUCGUGUAUGAGUAUGUCUCCGACUGGCUACACAGAAACUGGUGAUAAGAGCUGUCAAGCAGCAGACAAAUUUCACUCUAAAUCCUGCUGCUGAAACCUUUUGGAUGCCUGUCAGCCAUCGCAGCUGUUCGAGCUAAGAACAAGCUGUCAGUCAGCUCUUCUAGCCUCCAGGUUGAUGCAGCAUAACUCAGCACAAGUUAAAAUAACAAAAUCAUGAAAUGCGCAUAUGUUGACAAAUGAAUGGACAAACUUUUUGCCCUCUCCCACUUUGCUCUACGCCUACUCACUGUUUCCCUGUCAGGAUUAUUGACACACGUACACCCAAGACCAAAAAGGACAGAAAUGUUUGCAGUGCCUCUCCAUAUUUCAUUUAUAUGUUUUGUUAGAUUUCUAAUUUAAUGUUAAUAGGUUAUUUCCUAUAAUCUAAAGAGUACUUUUUGCUCUUUUUAAUGCCGUUUAUAUGCCCAGUUUACAUUUGAAGCUAAUUUUAUAUUUGCAAAUGUUUUAAAGAAAGCUGUUUGAAAUUACAUUUUCUCUCUAGAGAAACCUUGAAGACAAAAUAAAUGUGUUAACUAUGCUAAUAGUAAAAAAGCAUGUACUCAGCGAAAAUAAAAUUCUUUCCUAUUUCUG